AUGGCUUCUCCUCUAUCAUUUGUGGUGCUUUUAUGCAUUAUCAGUUACGCUAAGAGCAAGAUUUAUUUCCAAGAACAAUUUAAAGACGGAGAUGGCUGGAAAAAGCGAUGGAUAUUAUCUGAAUAUCGAAAUGACUACGGAAAAUUUAAUCUUUCCUACGGUCAAUUCUACAAUGAUCCAGAGGAGGACCUUGGUCUUACUACCACUGAAGAUGUCAAAAAUUAUGCUAUUUCGGCAAAAUUUCCAAAAUUUUCAAAUAAAGAUAAACUGCUGAUUGUUCAAUAUGCAACAAAACGAUUUACUCUACCUGAUGAUGAUUGUGGUGGUCUGUAUAUAAAGCUAAUGAAAUCAAACUUGGAUCAGAAGCAGUUUAAUGGUGAAACUUCAUAUGAAAUUAUGUUUGGACCAGAUAUAUGUGGUAAAUAUACACGAAAAAUUCAUGCUAUAUUUCGCUACAAGAAUUCCUACUAUCAUUGCAAUUCUUUUUUGCCCAUCUUUGAUGAUGAGCUAUCUCAUGUUUAUACUUUAAUUUUAUAUCCAAAUAAUUCCAUUCAAAUAUUUGCUGAUUAUGAAGAAAGAAUUGGUGGAGAUUUGGAAGAUCACUACGAUUUUCUUAAGCCGCGGCGAAUUAUGGAUCCAAAUGUAAAUAAGCCAAUUGAUUGGGUCGAUGAAGAAUUCAUACCUGAUCCAGAUGAUAAAAAACCAGAUGAUUGGGACCAGCCAGAAUUUUUAUUAAAUUUAGAUGUUAAGAAACCAGAUGAUUGGAAUGAGGAAUGGGAUGGUGAAUGGGAACCACCGGGAAUGAUAAAUCCGAAUUACAAAGGUGAAUGGGUACCAAGAGAGAUUGCAAAUCCAGCAUAUAAGGGAGAAUGGAUACAUCCUAGAAUUGAUAAUCCAGAUUAUGUAUCAGACCCGAAUCUUUAUUUACACGAUGAUAUCGGUGCAGUUGGAAUUGAGAUAUGGCAAGUAAACAGUAGCACAGUCUAUGACAAUAUCAUUAUAACUGAUUCAAUUGAAGAAGCUAAGAAAUUUGCUGCUCUUACGUUGAAUGGUACUAGAAAAGGUGAGGAGAAAAUGAAGAAGGAAAUCGAUGAGAAACUUCAACGUGAAGAAGAAAAGAAGAGGAAGGAAGAGGAAGAAGGAGAGGACAAGAAAGAGGAAGAAAAUUCGAAUGAAGAUGAGAGGAAAGAAGAAGAGAUUAACUUAAAUGAAAAACAAAAAAUGGUAGAAAUAAAAAAAAAGGAUGAAGAAAGCGAAAGUAACUUCGAUUCAGAAACGAGUCAGAAAGAAAAAGUAGAAUCGAAACUGGAGAAUGAAAGGAAGUUGAGAAAAGAUGAAGAAAACGAGCUAAGCGAGGAUAAGAGAGAAAGGAAUUCGAACCAAAGUAUGGAUGAAAAUGAGGAAUGGAAAGAUGAUGUAGAUUUAUCUUUCAAAUCAAAAGAAGGAAGAAUAAAGAAAGAAGAACUAUAA